AUGCUUCAGUCACCUAUUCGAAUAUUCCGCUGUUAUAUCUGCGUCGAGCAUCGAUUAGCUGCCCCUUUACAAGACCUAAGUUUACUGAUCGAGCAUCUUGCUAAGCAUUACGAAUUCCAUCUAUACGAGUGCCGUGGUUGUAAAUUGAAGUUUGUCACACCAUUCAUUGCAAAUUUUCACAUCAAAGAAGGCAAAUGUAAAAAAGAGGAAGGUGAACUGUGCGAUGAUGGAGGACCGCCCCUCGAUGCUAUUGAUCUCGAUACGGUAGAUUUUGAAAUGUUUUGCCACCUUCAGAAUGCUAUUACAAAGUGCACAGAGUUAAUGCUUUACGAAUUGAACUACGGAGAAGAAGAGUUAUUGAAUUGUUUGGUUUUUAAUAGGGAGCCUGCUGUAUGUCCAGUUUCCCCGGACCCCAUUACCAAAAGAGAUGGGCAGAUGCAGACAUCACCACCUACGACUGAACAGCGGCUACCAUCUCGUCCCGUUCUUUCUGCGACUUCCACGGUGGCUCAGGCUCCGGCUACUGAAGCCGUUCCGAAUGCAACCGAAGAUAACGAAUUGAUUGAUGGAUAUUCGCUUGUUUCAGAUGAAGAACUCGAGCCACUGAAACAAUCACAAUCUUACAAUAUCGAGGCAGAUGAAGGUCUAUCAACGAUAAGUAACAGCCCAUCAACUGCUGCCACACAAAGUCCUCAACAGAGUCCACGCACUCCUGGUUCCAGCGCUUCAUUUCUUCAAGCCCAUAGUCCGCCGAGUUCCACUUCAAUACCUUCACUUAUGAGCCUAAAAGUAAAAGAGCUAUUUGAUCGCAGUCCACCACCACGAACCGACAGGCGUCAAGAGGUGGUGUUGCCGGAUCAGCCACAAGCCAUGGAUUCGACCGUCUAUGUUGAAGCAGAUUCGUCUUCGACAUUAGCAGGAACACCAGAGCAGCCUCCGCUCUUCUUCCAGGCGCAGCCUGCAUACCUGAGCAAAUCGUUGCCGAACGUCGCCCUACCGUCGAAUGAGCCAGUCUAUCCUGUAUUGGCUCCGGUCUAUUCGGAUGGUGUUCGAGUGAACAGCGGUCCCUUCCAGCAAGUAUAUUCUCUACAUCAUGGACAAGAUUUGUCGCUCUCUACUGAACCUGCUCCAAUGUCGUAUCCACAACAUUCGGUACCAUCCUAUGGCCUGUUUCCUCCUAAUGCAGAAGUUUCACCACCAACUAUGGAAGCUCCUCAGAGUCAACGAAGGCGUCCUAGCAGCGCAACUCUGUACCAACAGUACCAAGAACGAAUCCCGGGCAUCGACCAGAUUAAUAGCUGCUACGUUCCUCUUGAUGACAAUCGUUGUACAGGUGGGCGUCCAUAUGAUCGGGAGCAGCUACCACCACACACAGUUGAGGACGGUAAUGACAUGGCGCAAUCGAGAAGGCAUAGGAACGAAUGGAUCGAAUGCGGAAUGGGCCAUUCUAUAGAAUCUCGUAUUCAUUUCGAAGCGGAAAUGAAUGGACGCUCAGAGAACGUGGUUAUAUGCCGACAUGAACGAGGUAGUAGGCAACGCCACAGUUAUGGAAUCACUGUACUGCACUCUGUAGAUCCACACUUUUUGGAGUCCAAUAUUGAUUCACCCCAGCGAAGAAAAAGUGCUGGCAGUGGAAGAAAGAACAGGGCGAGGUCUCGUACUCGAGAGAAGCGGAAACGUUCAAAGACAGUUGAUUCAUUACGCACUGAACCAAAACGUUCACGGAGUCAACGUAUCAACAUAUCACGAUCGAGUAAAGCAGGAACAAGUCGCUCAACUACUAGACAUUCCGACUUGUUCGAAAGAACACCACUCAGCCGUCGCCGUCGCAGUGAGUCUCCGGACAGAUUCCAGAUGUUCCCUGCCUCAAUUCUGGACGGAGACGACAUGCUCACAAGGAGAGAUGAUGGCAUGAAAAGAUCUGUGGACAGUGAUGAUCGCGAUGUAGUUGUUAAAACGGAACCUUCUCCUUCGCGUGAAGAUCACGAAAUGCGGGAUGUUAUAGAAAGGCUAAGAGCACGAGCCAGCCGCUUGAAAAACAGUGGAAACUUGUCUCAUUAUUCGGAGUGGAAGAAAAGGCAAUCCAAGCGACCACAGUUCUUGUGGUCGUUGGAGAAGAAGCGAAGCAGACGAUGCUGA